AUUUAAAUGUAAAGUUAUUUUCAUUCAAGGCAAAGAAAACAAAUGAGUGCCUCUUGAUCAGGGUUGAAUUACAUUGCAAUACUGAUGAUAAAUAGUUUGGGCUACCACCAUCUACCUCCAAGAGAGGUAUGACCCUCCUCAAGCAAGAGGAGUGGCGACACUACCUGGACUGCCUGGUCGAUGCACAGCUCCGAGAGAUGGAGAGGAGACUCCAGCAUCGUGUGGCCAUGGUGCUGAGCCACACCCAGCAGUUAGAGACAGAGUGGAUUUACAGGGAGGCUUCCCAGCACCAGACGUCUGACCCUCUUCCACUGAUGGAUCAACAAGAUAAAAGGGCUGUAAUGAAGAGAAUGAGGAAGACCAGAGGGGAGCAGCCAAGCAGUCAGAGUGCCAAGAAGAGCCACUCAGGCCAAGAGAAACAGAGAGGUAGAGGACGGGAGAGAAAACACAGGACACUCCCAGACGGGAAGGAACAGGGCACAAGUCAGGACAAGGCAUUCUGUGGGAGCAAGAAGGAACACAGUGAGAGUGAUUGGAAGAGGUGGUUGAGACAGCGUCUGUUUGGAAGUGAACGUUGGAAGUCAGCGUCACACACGGAAGUGAAGCAGGAUAACAUCAACAAAACAGUCAGACCCGACAGACAACACAAAGAGGGAGAAAGAGGGAGAGUGGAGGGGUUAACUAGAAACAAAGAUGGAGAGAAAGAGCAGCUACCUAAGGGACGUAGAGAUGAAAAGUGUGCCAGAGCUGACCAGUCCGGCAGAGAGGAUGAGAAGAGAGAGAGAGAGGAGCGAGAGUGUCACAAGGAUAAACAAAAGAAAAGACAGGAUCAUAUUAGGAAAGGAGAGAUGGAAAAACAAAUAGAAAUGGAGAAGCUAAGGGAAAAUGAGCGAGAGGAGUUAGAGAAACUAUAUGACUAUAUAGAGAAGCUGAGAGAAGAGAUUAGACUGUUGGAAUUAGAGAAAAAUAUGGAGAAACUGAGAGAAGAGAUUAGACUGUUGGAAUUAGAGAAAAAUAUGGAGAAACUGAGAGGCGACGUUAGACUGUUGGAAUUAGAGAAAAAUAUGGAGAAACUGAGAGGGGACGUUAGACUGUUGGAGGUAAAGAUGGUGAAAGGAAAGAAGCACAUGAUUAAGGGAAAGGAGUCUGGAUACAAGAGAGGACUCAGUAGCAUGGAUGAGGAAAAGAGGCCAAGAGACAAAAGACAAGAGAGUGCUAAAGGAAAGGAGAUGGAGACACAGGGACGGACUGAAACAAGCCUGGAUAAACAGAAGAGUUCGGCGGACAUUACAGAAUUUGAGUUAGUAGUGAAAGUGAGUAGAAACAUGUUGAGAAAGGAGCGAGAUGACAAGAAUGCAGAUAUUAAGGACUCUGAGGAAGAGCAGAACAGUGACAAAAUAAAACAUCUAUACGGAAAGAGUGUCAGUGAGGGAAAGGAGGACUGUGAGGUAGAGGAGGAAGAUGAAGAUGAGACAGAGAAGGUGGGGAGGAAAGAGAAAACACGUGGCUCAGAAUGUGCCAAGAGUGCAGAAGACAAGGACAGAAGCACAGCUACAGGGAAGGAGAGUGGUGGACACGGAGACACAAACUUUAACAAUGAGGUGAAAAGAAACACAGUAAAAGAGCCAGAGAAUGAUAUUUUAGAAGAAGGGAUGGAAAGAGGGAGGAGGAAAAUGACAAAGAAGACAGAAGUGGAGAGUUGUGACCUGUGGAAUUUAGACUUGAAGGAUGAUUUGAACAAGGAUGCAGGGACACAGUGGAAAGGACAGAUCAUAGAGCAGGACAGUGAUGGUUCAUGGUGUAUGGACUCUGAUGAGGAGAACACUAGAGUGACAGAGAGAGAUCAAGAAAAGGAUCAAGACAGUGACACUGACAGUCUGUGGGACACUGAUUCUUAUGAGAUGGACAGCAAUGGUCAGGCAGGGGAACAGAAACAAAUUGCUUUUGACAGUGACAGCUCAUGGGAUUCAGAAACUAAAGACGGAUUUCAAGGAGUUUUCAGAACCGUGGCUGUCUCCAUGAUCUCCAUACUUCACAAUACAUCUCAACAAAGGCCAUGAAUGUUAUUUUGUUAUUUAUAUACCAUCGAUAAAAUAAAAAUUAAGAUAUUAACAUA